AUGCUCGAUCAACAAGCGAUCUUAACAGCAUUAGACCGUACCAUGGCGUCCGAUGCUGGUGCUAUUAAGCAGGCAGAAAAUCAACUUUUCCAAAUGCAAAAGGAGCCUGGAUUCACCACGUUUCUGCUUAGUGCUACCACUGAUGAUUCUGUGCCAAUGAAUGUGCGUAUAUCUUGUGCAAUUUACAUGAAGAAUAAAAUUCAGCGUUGUUGGUCCUCUAAAAGGGAUGACGCUAUUCAGGUUGAAGAGCAAGCAAUUCUUAGGGAGAAUCUCAUACAAAGUUUAAUCAGAAAUUCAGAUAACGCACACAUUAGGCCAUACUUGACGGAAUCUAUUCGAGGAAUUUUGAGUAAUAGUGAUAAUUGGGAUUUAGCAUCUGCAAUCAACGAGCUGUUGUCGAGUAACAAACGUGAAUACAUUUAUCCAGGACUCUUGUUGUUAUUCGAAGUUACAAUCAAUCACAGAUGGGACAUGGCAGACAGUAGGGAGUAUAUUGAUAACGUUAUCGAGACGGUUUUUCCUUCUGUGGAGGUUAUUGCCUCGCAGCUUGUAAACGAAACAGACUACAAGUCCAACGAACUACUAUAUUUGAUCCUAAAGUGUUUCAAGUACGCCUGUUUGAACAAUUUCCCUCGUUACUUCACAAACUUAGAGAAGUUAAAUUCGUGGAUUCAGCUCCAUCUAUUCCUUUGUUCCAAACCACUUCCUCAAGACGUCAUGGACUUAGAACCGGGCGACAGAUCGUUAGAUAAGAGGGUUAAGUGCAACAAAUGGGCAUUCGGCAAUUUGUCGAGAUUUUUAAUCAAAUUUAGCAGAACCACUAAGACAAUCACAAAGGAAUAUGUGGAUUAUGUAUUUACUCAUAUUGUUCCAACAAUUUUGACGGAGUAUUUCAAGACUAUCGAAGCCUGGGGUUCUGGGUCUCUGUGGCUGAGUGACGCAGCUCUCUUCUAUUUGAUUGAAUUCUUAGAAAAAUGCAUGACCACUGAUAACUUAUGGCCUUUAAUUCAACCACAUUUGGAAACAAUAAUCAAAUAUGUCAUUUUCCCUUGUCUGUCCGCAAAUGAAGAAAGCAUUUCUUUAUUUGAAGAAGACCCUGAGGAGUACACCAGAAGAUAUUUCGAUGCCAAUAAGGAAGGUACCACUGCCGAUGUUGCUUCAACGGAUUUCAUUUUUGUUGUUGGACACAAGCGUUUUGAAGAGGUGAACAAGAUUCUUCCACUUAUUAAUAACGUUUUCAAUCAAUUUGCCCAUGAAGGUACUCUGGAAAGUGCUUACAGGGAGGAAGGUGCAUUGAGACUUUUAAGUGCGUUGUCCAGCUUCUUAGCAGAAAAAGAGUCACCUGUGAGAGAUGAGCUUGAAGGAAUUUUUGACGUAUUCGUUACUCCUCUGCUAAACCAAGACAAAUAUCCAUUUCUGAUAGCAAGAGCAUUAGAAACUAUUGCUAUUCAUCAGCAAGCAUUAAGCGAUAUGAGCGUAUUAUCAAAAAUUUUUGAGUCAGUCUAUGUUAACUUCGUUAGCUCUGAAUCCUUGCCAAUUCAAGUCGAGGCAGCAGAUGCUCUAAAGACAUUGAUAGUUUCUAAUCCAGAUAUCCAUCAACAUAUUUCUUCUCAAGUUCCAGGAAUCAUGGAGAAACUUUUGAAAUUGUCCAAAGAGUUUGAGAUAGAUAUUCUAUCUGAAGUGAUGGAAGCUUUCGUUGAGAGAUUUGCUGAUGAGUUGACACCAUUUGCUAACGAUCUAGCAGCCAACUUAGCCGAACAGUUCUUAGUAUUAGGACAAUCGAUUGUGGAAAACACAGGCGGCAAUUACUCGACCACCGAUCAGGAUCAGGAGAUUCAAGCGAGUGCGCUUUUGCAAACCAUGACAACAAUGGUGAUGUCUAUGAACAAGGUAUCCUUAGUUGAGAAGUUUAUGCCUGUUGUGAAAUUUAUUAUUGUUAAUGCCCAAAUUACUUUUUUGAGUGAAGCUGUUGAUCUUAUGGAUUCUCUUGCUUUGUCAUCCAAAUCGAUGUUUGAUAGAUUUACCCCAGAAAUUUGGGAAAUUCUUCACGACGUACUAGACUCUUUUCAAACGUAUGCGCUGGAAUACUUCGAAAGUUUUCAAGUGUUUUUCGAAACUGUCGUUACGCAUGGUUUCCCAACCGAUAAUACAUACGUCCCCAUGUUUUUGGAAGUACUAUCACAUGCCCUCGAAAGCAGUGUUGACUUUGAUGUCGAGAGUGCGCUUGAUAUCUUACUAUACUAUGUUUUAUCGAUGAAGGACGAUCCUCUCUUCGAAAAGGUACUUAAGAUUGCUGGUAAUGAGGAGCUUGAACUAGAUGAAGCUCCAAUAGUCAAGAUUUUCUUGGCAGGGUUAUUUGUCAAACCUGUCGAAACACUUCAAAUUUGUGAACAACAGGGAGUCACUCUAGAUAUCCUACAAAAAUGGUUCAGCUGCAGGUUUACCAGUGUCUUUACUAUCAAACUACAGAUCAUGGCACUAAUAUCACUGUUCAGUUUGCCUGAACUUCCCAGCUGUGUUAGUGGAUUUGUCACACAAUUGUCAACCAAGCUUGUAACACUAACGGAGAGUCUACCGGAGGCUAUUAGAAGACGGGACGCAUUGUCCCGUGGAGAAUUGAGUGGCGACGCAUUUGAAGGUGACGACGGCACAGAAUUCUUCGAUGAAUUGGAAGAUGAUUUUAAGGAAUCAUGCAUAGAUGAAAUCAACUGUUUCAAAGAAGUCCAUUCUUUUUUCACACAUUUGGAAUCAAGGAACUCCGUCAUGUACGGCCAAAUCAUGAACUCGCUAUCUGGCGAUAAGCUUGAUACCUUGAAGACAAUAAUGGAGUUUGUGGCCCAAAACUAG